UAAAAAUGUGUUGUGUGCAUGCGCGAUUUAACGGUCAAGUGGUAUGAAGUCGGUAGAUUGAAAAUUUGCGGAAUUUAUUUAGUUCCCUCUUCGCUAUCGCAGUAGGCUGGAAUUUUCCUACGCACUGGUAGCCAAGGUACUGAUAUCAGUUCAUUAUAUGACAUGUUGUCAUCUGACAUUAGUGCUCUCCUCUGCCAUAGCAUUUUUCUUUAUUGUUUCCCCAUUCAUGAAAUGAAGAUUUUUAUUAUUCUAAAAAUAUAAUACACAAAAAUACCUUCACAUCUCAUCUCAAGAAAACAAAUAUUAUUGUUAAAAAUUCCGAAAUAAAUAAGAUUGACAUAAGAGCGCAACCAUGACGGCAUCUAUUGAAUUGAGCUAUCCAACAUAUGUUGGUAAACAUAUCAAAAAUAAACACAACAAGACAAUGGAAGAGAGCUUACGUUUGCAGUUGGAAUUGCGGCAGAAAAUCAUUGAUUCUUUCAAAGUUUUAAACGUCUACAAACCUUUAAUCGAUGCGUACAUAGUGGACUUUUUUCACCAAAAUCACUGGAACAAUUUAUCGCCCAGUUGGAGUCACUGUUUCAACAGUGUCCCAAUCCACCAACUUCCAGAGCUGCUUUUCUUUGAAACACGGAAUCAAGAAACAAACGUGUGGCCUUUAACGUUGCUGGCCCUUCGAUCUCUUUUUCGUCGAUUGGUACAUACCAGAAGUAAACCAAAGGAACUGCUUCAAAGCUCUCCUAGCUGUAUGUACCACAAACGACCAGCUUUAUUUAAAAAAUCGGUCAAAUUGAAAAAGCGUCAUGAGAUUGAACAAUUCGCUAUCAACUGCUCAAAUGAACCAUUUGAAAGCUUUUGUGGCACGCUGAUUGAUAUUGGUUCUGGUCAGGGGAACUUAGCUCGUACUCUUACCUACGGGUUCGGGUUUCGUGUCUGUUGUCUUGAGCAAAAUGAAUCGUUCGUCCAAGCGGCAAGACAAAAGGAUGCUGAACUUUGGCGCCGGUUAGCAAAGCUCGAUGCAUCUUUAUGCGGUUCUACCACACAUCCCGUCCAUCUACAUGAGAAGGUCAAUCUCGACCACAUUGAUCCAGUACGUUUCGUGCAACUCAUGCGAGAUGCACUGAACGUCGAAAAAGAGCAGCAAUCGGAUGAGUUUAAGUUCGGUAUAAUCGGUUUGCAUCCGUGCGGCGAUUUGGGACCAUCGUUGCUUCGGCUUUUCCUUGCAUGCCCAGAGUGUCGUUUCGUGAAGCUCGUUUGUUGCUGCUAUAUGAAGCUUUCCUGCGAAAAAUCAAUCUCGAACGCCGUGACAAACGAUUUCGGUUUCCCGCUUAGUGACUUUUGUCGCACGGCUAAACUCGCCUUAAGUUACGAAGCUCGAGAAAUUGGAUGCCAUGCGAUUGAGCAAUAUCGGGACAAGUUGCGGAACGAUUAUCGUGAACUAAAAGUGCACGCUUAUCGAGCUGCUAUCGAAAGCAUUAUAGUACGUAUUCGACCUGAUUUGAAACAUUCCGGACUUAAAGGUGGCAUAAAGGCCACGGAAGUUACCUUCGCAGAAUACUGUCAACAUGCGGUUGCUGGACUGGGGUUCAUAAUACCGACGAAAGAUAUCCAAUCUGAGGAGACGCAGCUUAAUCUCAACCGAUGGGAAGAGGUUGUGAAGUUUUAUACCCUAAGAUUGAUGUUUGCACCACUCAUAGAAACCAUCAUCCUAUACGACCGUUUACUGUUUCUGCUCGAAAAAGGUGCACAGGCUCGAAUAGAUGUCCUUUUCGAUCCAUACAUUUCCCCGCGGAAUCAUGCAAUCACUGCAUAUAAAUGACUGGAGGCGCCUUAUCUAUUAGCCUGUUGUUAGUACGGGG